AUAAACGACUGACAGCUAAUGAAUGACGUCAUACGACUUGACACUAUCGCGACCAGCCCUAAGAGAGAUAGUCCCGAAUUUUGCUGCCCCGGACAAUAUCAACGGAUAUUCGCUGGGGUAAACGAAUAAAAUGGUUCCUGUAAUGCGGGCGUGGUUAUUCACCCUGGCAUGUCUCCUUGUCUCCGUCUGGGCUCAAACCUAUCCAGGUCCGCCGCCAGGUGCUGUAUUACGAGGUCCGCCGCCAGGUGCUGCAUUACGAGGUCCGUCGUCAGGUGCUGCAUUACGAGGUCCCUUCCAGCCCACCCGGGCUUCUUUGAACAACCGGCGUCCUCCCCGAAUCCGGCCGGGAUGCAGUUUAUGCGGAGGAUGGCUGUGUCCCAGGCGGUACUAUCAAGUGACUACACCAAACGGAUGACAGCCCUCGACGCAAUUCAGAACAUUCCUUGUGUAGUUGGAAACCCAGUAUUAAAGUACCUCCUUAUGGACUACAUGGACAUGAAACCACUGCCGCUUCCUGGAUCACCGCAAUCUCAGAUGAACCCGUCGACACAGUUAAUGAUCCUUUCAGACAAGGGAAGGAGGUUCGAGGCCGGAAGACUCCUCCAAACUCGCUGUGUGCAAUCAAAUGACCGCCUGGGUGCCCUGAUGUAUGACAUAGCGGAGGUCCCUCUGGCUGCCGCUGCUCUUGCCGGCAGAUAGGACACACGUGCACUGUUCAGGUAUAAUGAGAACAGUCUACAUCUUCCUGAAACAUUCACUGUACGGAUGGCAUGUGUCGAAAGGUUUAUAUUUCUCGGGCUUUACGAAAUGGAAGACGAAUUAUUUAAAGUUAUGAUAAUUGAAAAUGUUCAGUUUUAAGAUGAUAGCGGGUCUGUAUUCCACGUUGUUCUCGUGUAAUGGCUGAUGCUCACCAAAUAAAGGCUUAGUUUCUAGAG